AUGCAUCUGCGCAGCUGCCCGCGCUCUCUCCCGGGUGGAGGUUCUUUGGCAGCUUUAGUCUUCCACGUGCCUCAGAUGCCCUCGCCUUUCCUCCGCCCAGUGACAGCCGCGCCAGAAGAGCUGGGGCGGGAGGCGAAGGCGCAGAAGGAUCGGGUGACGGUAGAGCUCCCCCCGAGCUCGUUCCUGUCGGGCGAGACGAGUCUUCUGCCCUGGGAAUUCGCGAGCCGGCGAGACCGGACGCCGACGGCUGGGCUCGCGGCAAGCGACAGAGCGUUCCCAUUCGCUUCGUCUUCCUUCCUGACCUCGUCGCUUUCGUCUCUCGGCGCCUGCCCCCCGGCGUCUCCACUCCAUUCUUUUGCCUCCGAAACUGGUUUCGCGAGAGAGGGGGUCGACCCGGCCGGCUUGGCGCCGAGUCAGCCUGAGGGCUGGGGGGACCCCUUGAGCGGCGAGCGCGGCGCAGGAGCAAGCACUGCGCUUCGCAUGGUUAAAAAGUACGUGGGUCUGCGCUCGCCCGACGACCCGCGCGACUACCUGCUCGAUAUCCGCUGGCCUGACCAGAAGCCGGAGAUUGAACUGCUGGCGCGGAAGAUUGACAUGACUGCCUGCUUUUCGCCCGACGGCCAAGCGGAGCCAGUCACACUGCUUCAGGUCCUACCGGCGACGAUAGUUCAGUUUCUAGAAUACGGCAAAGCCGUCGUCUCGUAUGACAUGCCGAAGCGGCGGCGGCUCUUCGUGCGGCGCCCGACGCUCGGCAAGCUGCAGCGCGUCGGCGCGACGGGCUUCGAGACAGCCACGGUGACUGUCCGCCCCCCCAACGAGUUCAUUCUGGGUCAGAUUCUCGACGUUUCGUCUCUCAUGGGGGCAAAGCGCGUCCACGUCCGCGCGCUGAAAAAAGGCAAAGGUUUCCAAGGCACCGUGACCCGCUUCGGCUUCAACAGGGGACCGAUGACCCAUGGGUCGACGCACCACCGCGGCUCGGGCUCGGUCGGCGCCGGCACCGAUCCGGGGCGCGUGCUUCCAGGCACGCGCAUGCCAGGUCGCGAUAAAGCAAAGUACGCGACAGUCCGAAAUCUACGGGUGCUGGGCUUCAAUCCGAAGCAGAACCUCUUGGUCGUCCGCGGCAGCGUGCCUGGCUGGGACAUGCGCACCGUCGUCCGCGUGGUUUGGGAACGGUGGCGAGAGGACUGUCUAGACGACCGCUCUCGACUCAUCGAGAAGGAGCGCGAGGACAGGCUCCAGCUGGCGGGCGCCGUCAAGUCGAAGGGCGUCAAAUCGGUGAAGAACGCAGGCCCCAAGAAGGGAGGUGGCGGCGGGAAGAAAAAGAAGUGA